AUGCAAUACAACAUUGUAAUUCUACUUAUAUUUUCUUUACUAUGGGCAACGGCUACUAUAUGCAUCGCAAAUGACGGUGAUGCUUCGCUUACAGCCGAACAACAGGCACUUAUACGUCAAUUAGCAUUACAGAUAUGGCCUUCGGAUGUCGUUAAUCAUUGGCAUAUGGAUAAUCGGUAUCUUGCACAAAUGAUUAUUGAUGCUACGAAAUCCUUGGGACGUUGUGAUCGUGCAAUGAACAAAGUAUAUGAAUUGAUGAUUAAUUUAACAUUCAGUACACUGUCGAAAUCUGUUAGACCCAUAGUUAAACAUCUCAUGAAAAUGAAGAAAGCUAAUUCUGGCAUGGCCUGCAGAAAUGCUGUAGCAGCUCGCUUUCGAUCAGCUAUCGAAAUCGCUAAUUUAUCUUUGGAUUGA